AUGGAAAUGGUAGUAUGUGACUAUGAUACAAGAUGUUUGAAGGUGUUGGUGUUCUGUCUCCACGAGAAUGUCUCUGUGAUAGUCAGUGAGAUUUUACUGGAGUGUGGCUGAACUCAAUUUUACAAAAAAAAAAAGCAAGAUGACUCAGAGUGGAACCUGUGCUGUUGGAACUCCCCUUUCCACAUGACAGACCACCACAGCAUUAAACCGUGGCAGAGAUUCAACCACUGCCCAGGAGCUGUCCAGAUCACCAGAACAGACUGCUUGGCAAGGCAUCUGAAAUAUAUGAAAGGAGCAUAAGGAUAAGUUCUGUAUGAAUUUAGUCCAGUGGCAUUCGUCAUGCCUAAUGACUGUGUUAAAUUUAGAGCAGAAUACAGCAAGGAGAGACAAUCAGUAGGCAGAAAAACAAGCUAUUGGAUUUGCAAGCCUGUGGAUCUCUCCUGUGGAAGGGGCAUACCCAUUUUCCAAGACAUUAUAGACUUAGUAUAUGACUGUACAGUUAUUGUGCAGAAGUACAUUAGCAACUCUUUGCUCACUUCAGGGUAUAAACUGGAACUGCACCUUUAUGUAUGUGUGAUCAGUUUUUUCCUCACCGUUUACAGUUAUGAGGAAAGUCUAGUGAGGUUUGCUACUGAAAAGUUUGACUUUGGUUCUCUGGACAAUGUUUAUUCCCACAAACACCAACCAGCAUCAACAGAUAAAGAGUUUCAUGUAAAAGAAUACAAAGGGAUUAUCUGUGGCUGCAAAUGUAUGUUCAGUGAAUGUCAUUCUUACCUUUGAAUAUUUGGGGUUGAUGGCAUGGUCCUCUGGCAGAUGAUCAAUAACACAGUGAUUCUUACCCUGCUUGGUGUUAUCCCCUUACCAAUGGAUUCCAAUUGCUUUGAGCUCUUUGGCUUUGACACCCUGGUUUAUGACCAAUUCAAGCCACAACUUUUAGAAAUCAUGCAUCCAGCCUUGUGUUUCAGCUGUUCCACUGAUGACACUGUGAGAAGAAAACUUUUUCACAAUAUUGCUGAACUGCUGAACUACAAGUAGAUUGACAUUUUCAGGCAAAACCCAGUAGCUGGAAUAAAGGCUGGCAGAAGGUGUGUGCCCCAGACCACAGGUGAUGAGAGGCCUGGCUUACUCACUUGUGAAAGAGCAUCUAAAUAUAUUUCUGCUUCUUUUCUACAGCCUGCUCUGCAUGAUGCGAGAGGAUCAAUUUGUAAGGUAGCUGUCCUGACCAAGAAAACUGCCAGAGCACUUCCAAGUAAAACACUGAUUUCCCAGAUGCAGGAAAAAAAUACCAUGCCAAAAAUAGCCUCCCGAGCAAAAGCUGAAGCUAAAAAUAAACAAAUCCUGGAGGCUGGGCACUCUCCACACAAGUCUGUCCAACUCAGCAGCUGUUUACCUACACCUGACUUCUGCAUACAAGUUAACACACGCACAUAUUUCCUCUCUGAUAAAAACCAGAGGCCUAUGCCCCUGGUUGUCUGA